AUGAGUGCAGGACCUGCUAGCGUGGUGCGACCUGCCCCACCUCCCCUUCAGACAGUGCCCGAAACCGAAGCUCCUCCAGUUUCCAGUGGGGUACGAGAGUCUUCGUCAUCUGCCACCGGCGCGUCCGGAGCUGGUACAGUUGGUGCAAGUAGCGGAGGGGCUGGUGGUGGCAGUGGAGGAGGGAGCAUCACGAGCGGAGGAGGCUCGACGAGUAGAGGAACAAGCUCAAGCAGACCACAACGAUCCGACGAACCAAUUGUUGGGAGAUAUCGCUUGUUGAAAACUAUUGGAAAAGGGAACUUCGCUAAGGUGAAACUAGCACGUCAUCAGCCAACUAACCGUGAAGUGGCCAUCAAGAUCAUUGACAAAACUCAAUUGAAUCACUCUUCGCUGCAAAAGCUCUUCCGUGAAGUCAGAAUCAUGAAGAUGCUUUCUCACCCGAACAUCGUUAAACUUUAUCAGGUGAUUGAGACAGAGAAAACUCUGUACCUCGUAAUGGAGUACGCGGCAGGUGGAGAAGUUUUCGAUUAUCUCGUCGCCCAUGGCCGGAUGAAGGAAAAGGAGGCGCGCGCCAAAUUCCGCCAAAUCGUGUCGGCAGUUCAGUACUGUCAUCAGAAGAAAAUCAUACACCGUGAUUUAAAAGCCGAAAAUCUUCUGUUGGAUGCUGAAAUGAACAUCAAAAUCGCCGACUUUGGCUUUAGCAACGAGUUCGUUCCAGGGCAGAAGCUGGACACGUUUUGUGGCAGUCCUCCGUAUGCAGCACCAGAGCUUUUCCAGGGCAAAAAAUACGACGGGCCCGAGGUCGACGUGUGGUCUCUGGGGGUUAUUCUCUACACACUCGUGUCGGGCAGUCUGCCCUUCGACGGAGCGAACUUGAAGGAACUUCGCGAACGAGUGCUCCGGGGGAAGUAUCGCAUUCCGUUCUACAUGUCGACAGACUGCGAAUCCUUAUUGAAGAAGUUCCUGGUGUUAAAUCCUCAGAAAAGAGCGACUCUCGAAACAAUCAUGCGCGAGAAAUGGAUGAACCUUGGCUUCGAGGAUGAUGAAUUGCGGCCGUAUCAAGAACCUCCGAUAGAGUUGAAUGACCAGCGACGAAUUGAUGCUUUGGUCCAGAUAGGCUAUAACCGUCAAGACGUUGAAGAAUCAUUGAAGGCUCGAAAAUACGACGAUGUGAUGGCCAAUUACCUGUUGCUUGGGGGAGUCUCCGAGGGCGGGGACUCAGCGAACGCGAGUCGGUCCGGCAGUUCUCUUAGCUUGAGACAGCAAGCUCAGGGACUCCAGCUGCCGAUUCGGGACAUCCAGAGUUCGAGCAACAGUUCACAUUCAGGCGGCAACGUUCAACGUUCGGUCUCUGCGGCGACCAAUAAGGGCGGUGCCACCCGUCGACUCAGCGGAAGUCCUGGACAGCAAUCCGGGCAGAAUAGUACAACGGAAGGUGUCCAAAACGGAUCAAAGAAAACUUCCAGCCCAUCGCGACCAGGUGUCGUAGGCUCAAUGCGCGUGAAAUCGGCCGCGGCAUCAUCUGAUAGGAGUGAGCGUGUCUCGUUGGGUGGUUCUGGAGCCUCAAGAGACUCAAACCAAGGCCAGAUAGGACAUACGGCUAGCCCAGCCAACGCCAAUACCCUGAGCCAACAAACGCAUAACGGACAACAGAACUCGCGAACACCAUUGUCCGUGUCAAACAGCGUGGGACCUCUGGCGUCCCUAGGUGGAAAACCGAUCUCCUGCCUGGCGUCAUCCCCACAGGAUCCUCUACAAAACAGGCAGCCGCAGCCAGCCUUCCCCAGAGGUACGGCUAACCGUUCAACGUUCCAUUCUGGUCAGAACCGGGCAACGGCGAAUCGAAGUCACCAGGCCGAAGCAAGGUGGGCCAAUCAGAGUCAGGACACGUCUGCAGCUUCGCAUCACAAUUCGAGAGGCUUUUUCUCGAAAAUCAGUUCGAGGUUCAGCAAAAGACCACUGAAUAGCGAAGAUCAGGUGAAGCCUCGAUCGUUGAGGUUCACAUGGAGUAUGAAGACGACGUCAUCUCGAGAUCCAAAUGAGAUAAUGGCAGAGAUCCGAAAGGUUCUCGAUCGCAAUAACUGCGAUUACGACCAACGGGAGAAGUUCCUCUUGCUUUGCGUAUACGGUGAUCCCAAUAACGAAACACUCGUGCAAUGGGAGAUCGAAGUGUGCAAACUACCUAGACUAUCUCUCAAUGGCGUCCGAUUCAAACGGAUCAGUGGUACAUCAAUAGGCUUCAAGAACAUCGCUUCCAAGGUGGCGAAUGAACUCAAACUCUAGGAACGAGCCUCUUCUGACUCAGACAGCGACCGUUCGGUGGUCGGACAUCCCAAAUAGGCACGAGAAGAAGAAACGUAAAAUUCGCGAUCGGGCUCCGGGAAAGCGAGAAAUUGUUGAGAGACACCAUCAGCUGUAAUCGAUCAGCGAUGUAUUUCCGAUCAGGAAGCUUCAGCAAAUUAGGUUCAUCAUAAUCGAGCGAGAUCGGAGUCGGCGUUGCAAUGGACACAAGGGAGAUAGGCAGCUGCCUUGAGGAUAC